AAAAACAAAAAAAAAAAACAAGAAAAAAGUUUUUAAUUAGAAAUCAAAUAAAUUCAAAGCUCUCUUCUUCGUUACGAGAAGCGGCGUAGUGAGAAAAGGUGAUUAAAGCAAGCGGAAAUAGUAAGACUAAGCAAAUAAACUGCCAGAGAAAUGCGCAUUGAACAGCAACACAACUACAAAAACAAAAACAAAACAAAUUGAGCACUAAACGAAAAAAGUAGAAAGCUAAACGUCGAUGAGUACGUACAAUAAGCCAACAAAGCCAAAAUUAAUGAAGGAGAAACGAAGCGAAAACGCAGAGCACAUAACUUGGGAAAAGUGAAUAUCACGUUUAAAAAACCUAAAUAGUCUUACAGAUAUACUAUAUUUUUAUAAGUAAAGAGUUUCUAAAACUAAGCAGAAUAAAAAAAGCAACAAUUUUACAAGAAAAGAGCGAAGUAAAAUUUUAGUUUAAAGUUAAUGCACAGUUGCAGCCGUAAGUCCACAGCAGCAGCGCUGAGAAUCCGCAAGCAAGUUCAACAAUCAACACGUAAUCGUAAUCCAGUAAACGCGGUUUCGCGAGAGCAAGCAACAACGCAAACGGUUUCCACGCAACAACACAUACACACACACCGGCGUUUCUGCUUAUUUAUUAGUCGCUGACAGACACAGAGCGGCCGGCACCUAGGACAGACAGACGCUCACACGCGAACCGCGCAAAGAUGCCCAAAUAUUUCAUAGCUACGGCGGCAACAACAGCGGCAGCAACAACAGCAGCAAAUACGGCCUACAACAAUAAUAACGGCGGCAGUAGCAACAACAGCAAUAAUGGUACAUCGCAAAUGGUUAUUAAAUCAGCGGUGCGGCAACUGUCCUACGACGUGGUCAGCACCAGUGGCAAGAACACAACGAAACGGAAUUCCAAUACGGCAUUUGUGACAACGUCAUCCUCCGGCUCGUCAUCGCCCGUAUCGAUUAUGAUGCAAGGCGGUGAGCACCAUCAGCGGCAGCUAAAGACACAAGUGAUUAGCAGUGCAGCGUCGGCGCCGACAGGCACGCAUCUGCUGGAUCAUGGCUAUGGUGUGACGAUGAAGCUACAACCAUCGACAUCGGCGUCGACAUCAACAUCAACGGCAGCGGGCACAGCGGCGGCGGCGGCGGCGGCGGCGGCGGUGACGACGACGACGACGACGGCGACGGCAACGGCGUCAUCUCAUUUCACCGGAAAGUACACGUCGACGGUGGCGACCAGAAAUCCCUCUGAUUCCACACCACACAUAACGGAGUACUAUAAACAAGUGAAACGACGUAAUCCCACACCUGUGUCCGAACAAAGCAGCCACCCCAAGAAACAAGCCAAACAUCAAUAUGCGUCCGAUGAUUUUUCCAGCAAUGUGGUGGUGGUACAACAACAACCGCCACGCUCACAACAAUACCAACAUAAAUCCACCAAACAACAAGUGUUGGUGCGCACUAGUUCACAAACACAGCGCGUUGCAUUGUCAGCGCCUGGCUCAAUGUUACAGUUCGCUGCGCCCUCACCGCAACCACAACGCCCGCCAUCGUCUGCCUCAUCGACUUCGUCGUCAAUUGCAUAUAAAUCGGGCACACCCUCAUCCGCCUCUUCAUUACCCGCCUCGAAGCGCACACCUGAAGGCAAUCGUGCCGACACCUCACUUGGUAUAUUAACGAAAAAAUUCGUCGAUUUACUGCAAGGCUCACCGGAUGGCGUUGUUGACCUCAAUGAUGCGUCAACCAAAUUGCUGGUGCAAAAGCGACGCAUUUACGACAUAACGAACGUGCUAGAGGGUAUUGGCAUACUGGAAAAGAAAUCGAAAAACAACAUACAAUGGAAGUGUGGCAACUCACUGGUGAGUUCGGAUCGUACGCGCGAAAUGCAAUUGGAGAAUGAAAGACUCGAACAAAAAGAGAAUCAGUUGAAUAUGCUGAUCGAUCAGAUACGUGAGGAAUUGAGUAGUGAGAUUUCGAAUAACAAUCAAUUGGCCUAUGUGACGCAUACCGAUUUGAAGAGUGUCGAUCUGUUUAAAGAUCAGAUAAUAAUUGUUAUUAAAGCGCCACCAGAAGCCAAACUUGUGUUACCUGACACACUUUGUCCACGUGAAAUCUACGUUAAGGCCGAGAAUAAUGGCGAGAUUAACGUAUUCCUGUGUCACGACAAUUCACCCGAAAAUUCGCCAACAUUCUCAUCGCCCGCCGCCCCGCCAUACCGCCAGCAACCGCAUCAAUUCAACGAUCCGCUUUUCAAUGAUAUCAGCCGAUUGACACCAAGUCUUGAUGACGACAAGCGCAUGCGACUUGGUCUACCCCCACUCUCAGCGUCAAACGCUACGACUACCACGUCCACGGGCAAUACAUAUCCCGACAGUGCCGCACCCAUCGUACGCUCAGCACAACGAAAUCUCAAUAAAUCGAUUGAGGAUGCUGCACGUCAAAUCGCUGCUGGUGCGGCCAAUGGUGCUGGUGUCGAUGGUGCAACCGAUUAUAAUUGUGAUAUCGUUGGCAAUUACCAUACACAGCAACAGUCCAGCAGCAGCAGCCAUUCUGUUACGCAUGAUGGCAACGACUACACCAUACAACCGACUCUGACGCGGCCGGUAUUGACGCAAGCCGAAGCUGAACGCAUUUACGAGCAAGAUUUCGAUUGUGAAAUGUUUGGCAAACGUAAAGUGAACGCGGCGUACGGUGUUGCCGGUAGUCAAAGACAACAACAGCAACAGCAACAGAAUAGUGAUUCAUCAAACCACAAUACGCUUAAUAGUUGUAGUAACAAUAGGAAGGCAGGUCUUAAAAACGAUGUAUCCAUGGUGAAUAGUGCAAUUGAGGAGCAUAAAACAGCCGUUGAAGCAGCAGCGGCUGCAGCAGCGACAUCAGUUACUGCUGUAACGGCGGCAAACACAACAGUUAUGGGCACUACAGAAACGCUGGCGACAUCGGCUGUAAAUAAUAGACGGGAAGCUGGCGACGACGAAGCUGCGGCAGUGACAACGUCAGUGGUGUCGUCGUCAUCAUCAAUGGCUAUUACGCAUAAUACAACAACCUCAAUGUUUGGUGGUGCCGGUAGUGCAGUGAACGCCAGCCGGCAUUCCUCCAGCGAUAGCGGCGAUAUCAGCCGCUUGGACUCACAUUUGGCGCACAUGGUCGAUUCGAAUGGCGGUACAGGCGUCCGGAACGCACUCAUUUCGAAUUCAUUGAACCUGCUGAGUCCACCGCCAUUGUCAGGCGUGCAGAACUACUUUGAUGAUCUGCCACCGUUCCUACCCAUCGAACCACCGCUAGAUGUUGACUACAACUUCUCACUGGAUCAAACGGAGGGUCUUAUCGAGUUAUUUAAUGACUUUGCCUAAAAUUUUAAAAUAUAUUAAUUGAAGAAAUUUAAAAUAAAUAUAUAUAUAUAAU